UCUACUUUCCUUCUAAGCCCCCCUUCAUCACUUUCUUUCCUUGUGAUUCCUUUUUCUUUUCUCUGAAAUUCCAAACUUGAAAGCUAAAAGCCAAACAUUAUUGAAACAUGAGUUCUUCAUCAAGUUCCCCAAAUCCAUGGACACCCUACGAAACUUUCAAAGAUUGUUCACAAGGUAUUUGUAGCAUGUAUUGCCCUCAAUGGUGCUACUUCAUUUUCCCACCACCCCCUCCUUUCCCCAUCGACGACGACGACGACGAUUCCUCCACCGAUUUCUCGCCUCUAAUUAUAGCGCUGAUCGGGAUCUUGGCCAGCGCAUUCAUCUUGGUAAGUUACUACACGAUCAUCUCAAAGUAUUGCAGGAGGCGUAGGCAGCAGAGUCAAAGUACGAGCUUAGAUUUCAACGAAAACAGAGAGGAAACGAAUCACGAAGGAUGGCAAACUGGUUCACAAGGAUUGGAUGAGAGUCUUAUUAAGGCUAUUUCGGUUUGUAAGUUCAAGAGAAACGAGGGUUUGAUCGAAGGGACUGAUUGUUCUGUUUGCUUGAGUGAGUUCAUGGAAGAUGAGAGUUUGAGGUUGUUGCCUAAAUGUAAUCAUGCUUUCCAUGUUCCUUGUAUUGACACCUGGUUAAAAUCUCACUCUAGCUGCCCCCUUUGUCGUUCCAAUAUCGCAUCCACCAACCAAUCCGCCGCCGCCGCAGUGACGGUCCAGGAAGGUCCUCGCAAUGCCGGUGUAUCCGCGAUUGUGUAUCAGCAGAGGAAUGAAGCUAUUUCGGUGAUCCAGGAUCUGGAAAGUGGUGUUAGGGAAGAAGCUGUUGUUAGCCUUGUUGUUAACGAAGACGUUGGGAAAACGGCCGGUGAAGAAGAUGGUAGAGACACGGCGGUGUUGGAAAUCGGAGGAGAUGGGGGUCAAAUCCAGCCGCUGAGAAGGUCGGUUUCGAUGAGUUAUUCGCAUGGACAAGUGAUGUCUAUUGCUGAUAUAUUGCACAUCAGUGAAGAUGAUGAAGAUGAAGAUGAAUUGCAAGUGGAACAUCAUUUGCAAUCAUCAUCAAUGGGAAUUGGAUCCUCAAAACAAUUCGAUGUAUCGGAAUAUUGGUGCAAGUCAAAUCAGAGAAAUGGAGUUCUCAAUUUAGCAAUGAAAAGAUCCAUUUCCACAGGAAGGUUUAUGUUCCCCAGGCUUGAAAAAUAGAAAAAAACACUUUGCAAUUA